UCCUCUCUCCUGUCAAGGUGCUGUUUACAACACCAAAAUAAUCGAGUUCCGCCCUUUCCUCUUUGACCCACUCCAACUUAUUUUUUUAUACAACAAAAUGCUUCGGUUUUCUUCCUCCUUGUUGACGCGCACAACUGCCCACGCCACCACCCGCCAAACCGCUCGUGUUUGUGCCACUGCCUUUGCACGACGCUGCUAUGCUACCGAGGGUGGUGAACAACCUUUGCCCACCCCUGGCUCUGCCGCCGCCGUCGACCCCAAAAUCGCAAACAUUGUCGAUCAAAUCGAGACCCUGACUUUGUUGCAGACUUCUGAAUUGGUCUCGCAGUUGAAGACGCGCUUAAACAUCCAAGACAUUGCCAUGCCCGUCGGUAUGCCUAUGGGUGGUAUGCCUGCUGGUGGUGCUGCUGCUGCACCAGCUGAGGAGGAGAAGCCUGCUGAAAAGACCGAGUUCAAUGUCAAGAUUGAAAAGGUGGAUGCAAGUGCAAAGGCCAAGGUGAUCCGUGAGGUCAAGAACUUGGCUGGUUUAAGCUUGGUAGAUGCCAAGAAGUUUGUCGAGAGCGUACCAAAGGUGCUGAAGGAAACUGUGCCCAAGGAAGAAGCCGAGAAGUUGAAGAAGGCCCUUGAAGCUCUUGGUGCCACUGUUCAAUUGGAGUAAAGAAAAAAUCCAUCAUUUACAACAAAAAAAGUUAUACAACAUCAACAAGAACAAUAAGUCCAAUAUAGACCUGUUGUUGUUGUUGUUUGUUAUCGUUGGAGAACAGCCACCCCCUCUUUUUUUUCUUUUCUUCUAUAUAGAUAAGUCUCUCUUUUUUUUUCAUCGCAUGUACAUUCCACAACUCUUUCUCUCAA